AUGGCAGACCAGAAGCCAGACGACCACAUGGCCACGGCCAAAACAAGCGUCGAGUCGCAAUCCCGCGGCCCGACAGCUAUUGCCCUCGCAAUGGAUCCCCAGCACCGCGCCGCCGUCGAAAAGAGCAUGAAGCGCAAGCUCGACACCCGCUGCGCCCUCUUCGUCCUCAUCUACAUCAUGAACUACCUCGACCGCAAUAACAUGGCCGCCGCCCGUCUCAAGGGUCUGCAAGAAGACCUCAACCUGAGCUACAACCAGUACGCCACCUGCUUGAGUAUUCUGUACGUCGGGUACAUCCUCAUGCAGGUGCCCUCCAACAUGUUCAUCAACCGCAUCCAGCGUCCUUCGCUGUACAUUUCCGCGGCCAUGUUGCUCUGGGGUCUUAUUUCUACUCUUAGUGGAAGCGUGCACAAUUUCGCCGGCAUGGUCUGCAUUCGAUUCUUCCUCGGUUUCGUCGAGGCGGCUUUCCUGCCUGGUGCGCUGCUCAUCCUGUCCAAAUGGUACACGCGCAGCGAACUCACCAAGCGCAAUGCCCUUCUCUUCUGCGGUAACCUCAUCUCCAACGCCUUUUCCGCUCUUGUCGGCGCAGGUGUCUUGUCCAACAUGCAGGGCGUGCUGGGCCAUGCUGCGUGGCGAUGGCUGUUCUGGAUCGAGGGCGCCAUCACCAUGGGCGUUGCCGUCUCUGCUGCUUUUAUUCUCCCCGACUUGCCUCACAACUCGCGUGGUUUCACCGAGGAGGAGCGACAGGUUGCGCAAUUGCGCAUGGUGGAGGAUGUUGGUGAGGCCGAUGAGGAUUCUCGUGAGGAGAGUGCCUUUUACGGUCUCAAGCUUGCGGUAAAGGAUGUCAAGAUUUACAUCAUGAUGCUCACCUUUACCGCGUACGUCGUUGGACUUUCGUUCAAUGCCUUUUUCCCCAGUUUGACCCAGACACUUGGCUUCGGUUACGUUCCCACUCUUCUCAUGAGUGCGCCCCCAUGGGUUUUCUCUUGUAUUGUGUCGGUUAUCAACGCUUGGCACUCUGACAAGACACAAGAAAAGUUCUGGCAUAUUGUCGGUCCAAUUGGUGUUGGAACAAUCGGCUUCAUCAUCAGCAUGGCCACCGAGGCUGUCGCAGCGCGCUACCUCGCCCUCUUCCUCCAAGCAUCGUCCUACGCCGGCUUCAUCGUCUUUUACUCGUGGAUCUCGUCUUCGUUCCCCCGCCCACCAGCCAAGCGCGCCGUCGCGAUUGCCAUGAUCAACGCGUUCAGUCAAUUGGGCAACGUGGCGGGUUCAUACGUGUGGGAUCUCAAGGAGAACGGAUACCGCAAGAGCUACGGCAUUGUGCUGUCCAUGUUUGGUGUUACUGUGCUGGGAUGUUAUAUCUUUAGGCUGGUGCUGAUUGACCUCAACAAGAAGCUUGAGAGGGGAGAGGCGACGGCUUGGGAGACGAGGCAGGAUGUGGCUGCGCACACGGCUGCGGUUGAGGUGAUGGAUAGCCCUGAUGAGGCUUUGAGGAUGAAGCGGGAUUUCCGAUACCUUAUUUAG